UCUCAGUGGUCUGCCCAAACCAAGACAUUCCAGCGAUUCCACAGCGUGAAGGAAGCACAUCUUCAGAACUACUCCACAGCGCAACAUGGCAGCCUCCAUGAAUGAAGAGAAGUUGUCCAAGUUCUUUGGCGAUGACGACAAAAUGGACUGGUCUGAGUUGGAGAAUGCCCUAAAAUCAGUGGGCCUGAACCCAUCACCGGACCUUAUAAUGAAAGUAAGAAGGAAGGCUGAUGCCAAUAAGGAUCAGAAGCUGACAAAGGAGGAGCUGUCCAACAUUCUUGCCGUCUUUGAAGAGAUCGAAGAUCUCAGGAAAAUCUUUGUGGAAAAUGACAAGGAUGACAGUGGAACUAUGUCAUUCAUGGAGAUGAUAAAGAAGGCCGGAGACUUCUACGGCAAGCAUGCCGAUAAGUAUGGUGGGGGAAAGGCCAAGGCUGUGAUGGACAAGUAUGCUGGGGACAGGGGCAAGGAGAUGACCGUGAACGAAUUCCUGGACAUCAUGUUUGCUGGGUUACUGAACUAAUCCUGAGACCCAGUUGGCUCCAUGGAGAGGCUGUGGCCUUCACAUGUUGAGAGAACAAGAAAUAAACUACAGAGGCAAGCAUGUCAAAAACAUAGACCAUAACUGUCAUGUCAGUGAAACUACAGCAAAUCUAAAAUAGAAACAAUAAUGCACAUUGUAGAUGCUAAUACAUGUAACUACGGUAUCAUUACACCAAGUCUUCUGUCACUGCUUAUAAAUGUCAUUAGAGAUUGAUAAGUAAAGUUUCUGGGGAAAGGAUUGCUCCUGAAUAAAUGCUCUGCUGAUGUUGGAAAA